CCUUCAUGAUCUCACUGAAAAUGUUCACCUUCCUGUCUGCCUUGAUCACCAUUAUUGAGAACCUUAAUACUUCCAUAGUUCUCUCAAAGGUAUGGGGCAUGGAAAUGAACAUGGCCAUGGCAAAAUGGAACUCCCCGACUACAGGCAGUGGAAGAUAGAGGGUACUCCACUAGAGAAGGUCCAGGAAAGGCUAGCUAAACGGGGUCUUAGGGAUCCGUGGGCUCGUAAUGAAGCCUGGAGAUAUAUGGGUGGCUUUGCAAAACCUGUCACCUUAACAGAAGUCUUUACUAGGGGACUCAAGUGGGGAUUUGCAGCUUUCGUCAUAGCUCUUGGUAUUGAAUAUACACUGUUUCCUCCGAAGAAGAACGGAGGCCAUCACUGAAGAUCAAAUAUGACAACUUAAUACUUACUUAUUGCUAAGCUGAAACAUACAUAAGCCUGCUGCUCACUCUGUACUUAAAACAUGCAUAUUAAAGUCUAUCACAGGCAAAACCA